AUGCCUCGUGCAUAUUACAAACCCUUCACAGUGUAUGAGGAAGUAGUCGGGUUCCAUGGCGCAAGGCGUAACGCAUACAUUUGUUGUGCGAUCCUCUUCGGGGGUCUCCUGUUUAAGAUAUUGGUGCUCUCACAGUACUCCACUGUGACGGACUAUAGUGGUGUGGAUGGUCUUCAGAGCAAUCCGGAUUAUCAGGCGAUGCUUGCGCAACGGGAGGCGCUCGCGCAAAGCCUUUCUUCGCGGGAGGAAAUACACCGGGCGAUCGCGUCGCGGCGGGCCCCUCCUGCUUGA